AUGAGCAAUCUUACUUCCAUGUCAACGUUUCUUCUGUGGGAAUUCUCUGAUGUACGAGAACUACAGAUCUUACAUUUCUUUCUGUUCCUAGGAUUGUACUUGACUACCAUGGCUGGGAAUCUUCUCAUUACUGCUACAAUAGUGCUAAACCAUCACCUCCAUACACCAAUGUACUUUUUCCUAACUAAUUUGGCAAUGAUGGACAUGGGCUCUGCUUCUGUCAUGAUGCCCAAAUCAUUAGUAAAUUCCAUCAUGAACAGCAGGUCUAUUUCUUACUCUGGGUGUGUGGCCCAGGUUUUCUUCUAUAUGUUCUUUGUAGCAGCAGAUUUUGCCAUUCUAACAGUAAUGGCACAUGAUCGCUAUGUCGCCAUCUGCAACCCAUUACACUAUGAAACAAUUAUGCACAAAGGAGCUUGUAUUAAGAUGACCAUCAUUGUGUUGAUUGCUAGUCUUCUUUAUGGCAUGUUACAUGCUUGUAGCACAUUUGCAAUCACCUUCUGUUCAAAUGAUGUCCAUCAGUUCUUCUGUGAAAUUCCAACAUUACUGAAGCUCUCCUGCUCUAAUAUCUACCUUGUCGAAGUAGGGGUUAUUGUGUUAGGGUGUUGCGUAGGACUAGGAUGCUUCAUGUUCAUUAUCAUAACAUACAUGCAGCUAUUUGCUACAGUGCGCAGAAUUCCUUCAGUACAUGGUCAGAAAAAAGCCCUCUCCACUUGCAUUCCCCACCUUACUGUUGUCUCUUUGUUUAUGGGCACUGCACUCUUUGCCUAUGCAAGGCCUCCCACUAAUGCUUCUUCUGAUCUGGAUGUAGCUUUUGCUGUGAUCUAUACCAUAAUUCCUCCUAUGUUGAAUCCAUUCAUCUACAGCAUGAGAAACAAAGAAAUCAAAACUGCUUUGUGGAAACUCUUAGAUUUUGGGCAUUCCUCUAAAAAUAGAUAA